UGAACUUUGAGUAAAAAAAAAAGCAAAAUGAAAAAAUAAUGAUGUAAAAGAGCUGAAUAGAAAAUUUCAAAGGGUGGCAUGAGAAGACAAAGUAAAGUAUUAUGAUGACAUGUGCAAAGACCUGUAGAUAGAAAACCAAAAGAAAAGAAUGCACUCAGCAUUUCUCAAGAUGAAAGAAUUGAUGGAAAAAUUCAAGCCUUGAGUUGCAAUACUGAAGGAUUCUACAGGGAAAAUAUUAAACGACACAGGAAGCAUCAAAAGAACAUAGAAGGAAUACACAGAAUCACUAUACCAAAAAUAUGUUCGGACUUUUCAAGAGGUGACAUGUGAUCAGGAGCUGAUGGUACUGAAGGAAGAAGUUCAAGUUGCACUGAAGACAUUGGUGAAAAACAAGGCUCCAGUUUUUUUUUUUUUUUUAGGAAUUAAUAGAAUACUAAUUAAGGUGUUUCAACAAAUAGCUGCAACACUGGAAGUGCUCACUCGUCUAUACCAAGGAAUCUGGAAGACAGUUACCUGGACGACUGGCUGGAAGAGGUCCAUAUUUAUGCCCGUUCCCAAGAAAAGUGAUCCAAAUGAAGGCAGAAGAAGUUACCAAACAAUAUCAUUAAUAUCACAUGCAUGUAAAAUUUAGCUGAAGAUCAUUCAAAGGCAGCUGCAGCAAUAUUUCCACAAGGAACUGCCAAGAAUUCAGGCUAGAUUCAGAAGAGGACAUGGAACUAGGAUGUGGAAUGAGGAUGUGGAACUAGGGAUAUCACCGCUGAUACCAGAUAGAUCCUGACAGAAAGCAAAGAAUACCAGAAAGGUGUUUACCUGUGUUUUAUUGACUAUACUAAGCCAUUCAACUGUGUGGAUCAUAACAAAUUAUGGAUAACAUUGUAGAGAAUGAGAAUUCCAGAACACUUAAUUGUGCUCAUGAGGAAUCUGUACAUGAAUCAAGAGGAAGCUGUUCGAACAGAACAAGGGGAUACCAGAUAGUUUAAAGUCAGAAAGGUGUGUGUAAGGGUUGUAUGUUUUCAGCAUAUCUAUUCAAUCUGUAUGCUGAGCAAAUAAUCUGAGAAGCUGGACUAUUUGAAGAAGAACGAGGCAUCAGGAUUGGAGGAAGACUCUAAUAACAACAACAAAGCUAUAUGUGUAACUAUAGGUAUAAAAAAAAUAGGUACAGGUAGGAAGAUAUAAGUACUUUAAUGCAAAGGUAGAAGAAAGGACUUGGUAGAGGUAUAAAAUCGAUUAUGGUAGUAUUCAGAAAAAGAAAAUUUGGAUGACAUAAGGAGAUUAGAGAAAAAUGAUUUAAUUAAACAUGAUUUGUUUUAUUUUCCUUCGCUUUGUUUUCAUUUGUUUUAGGAGCAGGCAUGAACUUUCAGGAAUUUUCCAAUAAAAAUGGCAGCGUGAUAACAGAAUUCAUCCUCCUUGGGCUCACAAAUCGCCGAGAACUCCAGCCUCUCCUCUUUGUGCUGUUCCUUGCUGUUUAUUUUGUCACCCUCAUAGGCAACCUGGGUAUGAUAGUGUUAAUCAGACUGGACUCUCGUCUUCACACCCCCAUGUACCUCUUUCUGGCUAAUUUAGCCUUUGUGGACUUGUGCUACACCUCAAACGCAACCCCACAGAUGCUGACUAAUUUCUUGUCAGAGAAGAAGACCAUUUCCUUUGCUGGUUGCUUUACACAGUGUUACCUUUUCAUCGCACUUCUCCUCACUGAGCUUUAUAUGCUGACAGCAAUGGCCUAUGACCGCUAUGUGGCCAUAUGCAACCCUCUGCGCUACAGUGUAAAAAUGUCCAGGAAAAUCUGCAUCAGUUUGGCCGCAUUUCCUUAUGUCUAUGGCUUCUCAGAUGGUCUGUUCCAGGCCAUUCUGACCUUCCACUUGAGCUUCUGUAAAUCCAAUGUCAUUAAUCACUUCUACUGUGCUGAUCCACCACUCAUUAAACUGUCUUGCUCUGAUACUAACAUCAAGGAACAUGCCAUGCUUAUCUCAGCUGGCUUUAACCUUUCCAACUCCCUCAGCAUCAUCCUGGUGUCCUAUGUCUUCAUUAUUGCUGCCAUCCUCCGCAUCAAAUCAGCCGAGGGAAGGCACAAGGCAUUCUCUACCUGUGGUUCCCAUAUGAUGGCUGUCACCCUAUUUUAUGGGACACUCUUCUGAAUGUAUAUAAGACCACCAACAGACAAGACUGCUGAGGAAUCCAAAAUAAUAGCUAUCUUCUACACCUUUGUAAGUCCAAUGCUUAACCCGAUGAUCUAUAGUUUGCGGAACAAAGAUGUAAAGAGAGCCUUGAAGAACGUUCUUAGAUGCAAUAUGGCCAGUAAGAUGGCAAUACCUCCACUGUCCAAUAAAUGAUCACUCAAAAAGAUUGGCUUAAGUAUCUUUACAUUUUGAGAUUGAGCAUUAAUAUUCUCUGUGGGUACGUGUCAGAUAGUUGAA